GGAGAGUCUAUCCGGUAUUGCUGGGCAAUCGAUGGCGACGUGAAAAUUGUAAGUGCAAUCGUUGAUCCUUUGGUACUCUAUUUAGACAGAUCAGCCCAGCUUUAGGUCUUCACCGUCAACAUUGCAACCGGCAUUUUGUCUUGUGCGAGCUGAGCGGGGGUGACAACACUAUACAGAGCAGCAAGAUGGCUAUUGAAGGCACUACGUCUGACAUUACCCCUUUGCUGGAGGCCAAUCGGAAAUGGGCGGAGGAGUGCAUCGCCAAGGACCCCACCUAUUUCUCGAAGAUUGCUGGCUCACAGUCUCCAGAAUUCCUCUACAUUGGCUGCUCUGACUCUCGCGCGCACCCGGCCGCGAUGUUCAGCAUGGCGCCCGGGGAGGUGUUUGUGCAGCGCAACGUCGGCAACCUGAUCAGCGUCAAAGACCUCAACUGCAUGAGCUGCCUGGAGUACACAAUCGACCACCUCAAGGUCAAGCACAUCCUCGUCACCGGCCACUACAACUGCGGUGCGUGCAAGGCGGGACUCGUGUGGCACCCGAGCACGGCGGGGGUGACUAACCUGUGGAUCUCUGAUGUGAGGGACGUGCGUGACAAGAACGCUGCCGCUCUGGAGGGCCUCCCCCUCGACGAAGCCUGGGACAAGCUGGUGGAAUUGAACGUGGAGGCGCAGGUGUUCAACGUGGUCUCGUCGCCGGUGGUGCAGGCGGCGUGGGCGCGCGGCCAGCAGCUGGUGGUGCAUGGACUGGUUUAUACCCCCGGCACCGGCAGGGUCAAGGAGCUGAUCAAGCCCGUCACGGGCAAUGAUGACGGCACCUACAGCCUGUCUGCCAAACUGAAGAAGCACUGCUCCUUCUCUGAGUCCCUCAAGUGACUUUGAUACACGCAGCUGCCAGCAGGCUUGGGCCAAUACAGGCAUACUCUCAGCAAGCUUCCUCGCAGGAAUGCAGCGAGUUCACAUGUGGAAGACGUGUCCAGGGGUGGGCAUGUCUUGUGCGCACCCCUGGACACAACAGGGGUGCGCACAAGAUCGAGAACUUUGGCGGCUGUAGGCAGGAUUGAGCCAGUCAGAUUGUACUGUGAACAAAACUGUUGGGAGGCCCGUGUUGCACAAGCAACUGUAGCACUGUAAUGGUGUCUGGAAUAGCUCCUUCUUCAGGAAUUUUUUUGUGUUGAGAUCCACCUGUGUGCGUGCUGUUUGGGGACUGUGUCAAGUCAUGAUGUGUUCAUCAAUAUUUAGCGCGUGGCAAAGUAGGUGGACCUGACUUUCUUUGCUGUUCUACGCUGUGUGUGGUUGCCGUGAGGCAACUUUGUAUCUCGGUGUACACACAUGCAAAGUUUUUUGUGGCCCGACUGGUGCCACAUUGUCA